UGCGUCAAGCCAGUCGCUCACGGGCGUCCGGUGUGGUCGCACGCGUUGCAUAUUCGAUUGUGUUCGCGAAGUCGACAAACAAUUUGCGAAUUUCAUACGUCACCAAAAUUAAACCAAGUGCUGGAGUGUAUAGUGCAAAAACUAAUGUUCCGUGCUAAUUAAAUACUUGGACUGUCCAAGGUCAUAAGUGUUCCAGUGCUAAAAUCUAAUUGGAGAAUCUCGAAUGAUUUUCAACGGAGUUCGUCACGCUUGUUGACUGUUUUUAUCGGUUCAUUGUGACAUAAACGCCGCUCAAAUAAUUUAACAGGAGUUCCAAUUUAAUUCGAAAGCGCACGAUUGAAACUUUAUGGACCAUUUGAGUGAUCGUAAAUAUUUAAAAAAUUAUCACUAAAGUGUAAAUUCAGUGUUAUGUGAUUAGUGUUGGAGCCAGAACGGAAUUCAGUGCUCAAAAAUUUAUAUGAUGAAAAAUUUCAAGAAGAUAUCGAUGCUACUUUGUUAACACACCAAAGUGGCGAAGUCAGAGUCCAGGAUUGUGCUAGUGGGUGAUGGGAAUGAUGACGGAUGCUGUUGCCCUGGCAUGAGGAUCGGUGAUAUUGGUGGAGUGCUUCUGGAAGCUGCAAAGCUGACGCGAUCGUGGUUCUGUCAGAAGCCUGGUUACGGCUUCUCCCAGAAGGUGGACGAGGAGGAGGGCGGCGGGGGGGUGGCGCUGCAUCCGCCAGACGGUUUCUACUCGCACCAGCACAGCAUCCACAGCGGGCACCAUGCGCACAACGCGGAGCCCGACCGCGGGUACAUGGAGGGCAACCGAUACGUCACCGCUGUCCACCGACCCUUGCCUGCACUAAACCACUCCAACUCGUCAUGCUCGUCGGCGUCGAACGCGUCGACGGGCGCGGCGCUGUGCGCGGGCGCCGCGGAGCCAGCGCCGCCGCUCUACAUCGCAGCACCGCCCGAGGGCUUCGGGCUGGCCGUUCAUACCAACAGGUAUGACAAUGUUGUUAGGCGAGGCACGGACGUGGGAAUCAUUGGCACGACCGGAAUAACUCAAAAAGAUACUUCCUUGCCACAAAAACGGGGCAAACUGACCCGAGGUCGCUAUGAAAUGUCUCAGGACUUGUUGGACAAGCAAGUUGAGAUUUUAGAGAGGCGAUACGGAGGUCUGAGGGCGAGGAGGGCCGCUGUGACCAUUCAGAGGGCGUUCAGAAGGCGACAGUUACUGAAGAAGUUUAGCGCCAUCACAGCUAUGGCGAAAGCGGCUGACUCCAAUGCGAGGAGACUACAGGAUGGUGGCGACCAUCUACUUGUAAAUGGUAACGACAUCUACGCGAACACAUUGCUACAGAAGAGUCCGGGCAGCGCGGAGAAGGUGCUCGCCCUGACCAGGCCCAUGCGGUCCAUGUCCUUGCGGGAGCGCCAUGACAUUGACAUGAACAAUCACAUGAACUGCGACCCUCAGAGCGAGGUGGAGGCGAUGGUGGCGCGCGUCCACCAGUCGGCCCAUCAGAUACACAUGAUCGCGUCCGAGAUACCGCCGCACCAUAGAGGCGACGCCGACAGUGGGGUGUGCAGUUGUUCAGUGAGCGGCUCAGUGACCAACAUAUCCACGUCCUCGUCUCAUAACGAAUCUCUGCACAACCACCAGUUGUUAAACAACACAGGUCCAGUAUACGGUAACCUGCUAUCAUCAGGCGGGAAGCCGCUAUCAUCACCCACAGCGCGGCAACAGCAGCAACUUGCCGCGAUACAAGCCGCCAAUGCGAGACGAUUGCCCCCAGAUGUGCCGAAGAGAACUAGCAGCAUCACACUGAAUGCGGAGAGCCCGGUGUCACUAAGGCGCGCGGAGUGCGGCGGCGCGGUGGUGCGCGGGGGGUCGAUGUCCUCCGUACAGUCCUCGUCGUCCUCGUCUUCGCAGGAGCACCGGCACCACUACCACCAGCCCUACCAGCAGAGGCCCCCGGAGCCCCACAUACACAUCCCAGAGCAGCAGUUCCAGCAGCACACGCGGACCGCGUCGGGCACGCUGUACGAGGGCGAGCGUUACGCGGUAUGGAAGCGACAAGAGGCCCCCCCCUAUUACGAGGCCCCCCCGCCCGCCGCGUGCUGCCGCCCCCAACACGACCACCAUCCGCACACGCACCAACCACCUCUUAAAGUAUCGGAAACUGUACGCAAACGCCAAUACCGAGUGGGUCUGAACUUGUUCAACAAGAAGCCAGAACGAGGCAUCGCGUACCUGAUCUCGAGGGGUUUCCUCGAGAACUCCCCCCGAGGAGUCGCCAGGUUUCUCAUCACGAGGAAGGGGCUCAGCAAGCAGAUGAUUGGAGAAUAUUUGGGCAAUUUGCAGAGUCAGUUCAACAUGGCUGUGUUAGAAUGUUUCGUGAACGAGCUCGACCUGUCAGGCAUGGCAGUGGACGUGGCGUUGCGCCGGUACCAGGCCCAUUUCCGGCUGCCGGGCGAGGCGCAGAAGAUCGAGCGGCUGGUGGAGGCUUUCGCGCGCCGCUACUGCGUGUGCAACCCGGACUUCGUGCAGAGGCUGCGGACUCAGGAUACGAUAUUCGUGCUGGCGUUCGCAAUAAUAAUGCUGAACACAGACCUGCAUACGCCGAACCUCAAACCUGAAGCCCGCAUGUCGCUGGAUGACUUUGUACGGAACCUGCGCGGCAUCGACGACUGCGGCGACAUCGAUCGUGACAUGCUGGCCGGCAUCUACGACAGGGUGAAGGCCAGCGAGUUCCGACCAGGGAGUGACCAUGUCACGCAGGUUAUGAAAGUCCAGGCCACAAUCGUAGGCAAGAAACCUCACUUGGCGCUGCCGCACCGACGGCUGGUCUGCUACUGUCGACUGUAUGAGAUACCCGACAUACACAAGAAAGAAAGGCCGGGUGUUCACCAGAGAGAGGUAUUCCUCUUCAACGAUCUCCUAGUGAUAACGAAGAUCUUCAGCAAAAAGAAGUCCUCUGUGACAUACACUUUCCGACAAUCGUUCCCGCUAUGCGGCAUGCUCGUCAACCUCUUCUCAGUGCCACAUUACCCGUUCGGCAUCCGUCUCUCGCGGCGCGUGGACGGGCGCCGGUUGGCGACGUUCAACGCGCGCAACGAGCACGACCGUUGCAAGUUCGCCGAGGACCUGCGCGAGAGCGUCGCCGAGAUGGACGAGAUGGAAGCCAUGCGCAUCGAGGGCGAACUCAACCGCGGCAAGGGGCGAAACACUAACAACGCUGCGAGAAACGUAAUGGAAAAUCGAGACAGUGGCGUGGCGGAUGUUGAAAUUGAUCAUCAACAGUGCAUGGACCACGUACACGUUCACGGUGUGGUGGUACCACCGCCGCCGUCGUGCCCCGCACCCGCCGCGCCGUCGCGACUGUCGCAGAACCCACCGCCCACCAGUAUCAUCAAGAGAAACGUGCUCAGCAACUCGCUCGUCGAUAUCAACGACCCUGUGGCUUUGGCAGCGGAGCGUCUCCAGCGACGCGGGUCCGUAGGCUCGCUGGACAGCGGCAUGUCGGUGUCCUUCCAGCAGGGCAGUCGCACCGCGCUGCAUGCCACCUCGCCGCGACACCCGCCUGAGCAGAGGUCACCUGGUCGCUUGUUUGGCGGAAUAUUUCCCGGACGUCAACGAAAACUGAGCGCAUCCGGCGUUCCUGACACGAAGUCAGGUCAAGUCGGCAAGAGUACAGAGGUCUAAAUAACGGAAUACAAUCGGAAUCAUUCGAAUAUCGAUAUUGACGAAUACCUUCAGAAUCUUUGAUCUCAAAUGAUGAAGGUUGGAUAUUUGACAUGUGAAUCGAUUUUCGAAUCGAUCACAAUCGAAUAGGCAUUUUACGGGAUCGUCAUCUGAUUUCAAAGUUUAUCUAAAAAUCAGAUUUUUUGACAUUUAAAAUUUCGGGUUUAACUUAGUGCCAUCUUUGUAAUAAUUUCGGGGUUUCCCCGUUAGUGUCGACUCGUUUGAGCGUUACAAGUUAACUUAUUCACUAAAUUUUUUGAGGUUAUUCAAUAUAUUUAAGCGCAAAUAUAGUCUAGGUAAUGUUUUUUUUUCUGAAAAUUUUGGACGCUAUUUUAAUAAUAAUAAAUCAAUUGUUUAUAGAUUUUAAUGCAUGACAUAAUUCUGAUGAUUGACAUGAACAUAGAUUAACAACAAAAGCCAGGAAUAUUUUGCAUUAAUUAAAAUAUGAAUGCAGAUUUGAUUAUUAUUAUCUAUAUUAUUCAAAUUGGCAUCGAUACUAAGCGAUUAAAAAAAAUAAAAUAAAAAGGCUCCAUAAGCAAUUAUAUUUAGACAUCAUUUGAUAUAGUCAUAAUGUGACUUGAAAGUGAGGAAAUAUUUUUUCAGGGUAAAAGGUUUAGGGUUGUUGCACAUUCGGUUUUGGAUUAUUUGGAGAAAAUACGUGCCAAUAGUACUAGAAAAAAAUACUCCCAAAAAUUUAGAAAAAAAUACUCCCAAAAAUUAUUGGGUCAAAAAUUUCAAGGCAUCGAUUUUAAAAGGAUGGAAAAAAUAUGAGACUAAGGAUUGAAAUGUGAAAUCCAAAACUUAACGAAUUUAAAAAGAAUGGUAUACCAAAUUGACAGAACUAGUAGUAUUAUUUAGUGCAAACAGCUUCGUGAGCAGAAUGAUGCAAUUUGCUUUUAUCUCAGUUAUAGUAAUAGCUAAUAAUAGCUGUUACUUUGCGGAAGUUAUAUAACAAAAUUAAAUUACCAAUACAUAAAUUUAGCUAUUUUCCUUCAAAACCAGAAAAACUGCGACAUCACCAAGAUCUGAUAAAAUAGUCACAAAAAUACUAGACUAAUUCGAUAUACCCUGCAGCUGCCGUGUAGAUUGUUAGUUUUAUUGUACUGUAUAAUUUAAUUUUGCCCAUUAUACAUUGCAUACUCAAUCAUUACUGAUAUAUUACAACGAAGUUAAGUACAUCUAAUGAGUAAAUGUUAGGAGCACAUGACAAAAACAAUGCAUUGGGCAUCCAAAUAAUUUAUAUACAUACUCGCAAAUGGCAGUGGGGUAAAACAGAUAGUAAAAUGCAUUGAAAAAAAUCAUCUUUAACAUGACUAGCAGUGGAAUUCAUAGAUUUUGUGAGGGCGAUCCCAGGGGUUCGUUCAUCCUCUGAGUGUCGAAUUUAAACUCUUUGAGAAUUUGACACUCAGCGGGUGAAUGGUCCCACUGGGGGUGCCCCUGCAACGUCUAUGAAUUCGACUCUUAGAUAGGCAGAUCAUAUAUGCAUAUAUGAACAGCGGAAUUGGCUAUAGACAAACCACGUGGCUUUGUCAUCGCUUGUGCGUUAUUGGAAUGCUUUGUAUGACGUCAUAAGGGAUAUUUUUUCACAAGAAAUGUAUAAUGACAUAGUCGAGCGAGGAAGGAACCGAUUUUAGGCGUAAUCUUCAUUAAUACAUUUGUUGUGUUGUGAGGGCUUAAAUAUGCGUUUUGCUUUUAGUGCUAAUAUUGCUUGUCUAUACCGUUUACAAUCUCGGCGGUAGAGUUAAAGCCGGCGAUUCAAACACAGGGUUACGUAACCUUUUUAUAAAAUUGUUCUAUAUCUUUUGAAUUCUCGAGAGAAAUAAAUUAAGUGAAAUUUCGGGUUUUAAAUAUUCAAUAUAUUAAAAAAAAAACAUACGUUAUUAACGAUUUUAAAACGAAAGUGAUCUAUUGUCUAGAUUUUCAAUUACAUUAUUCUCUGUUAAACGCAGUAGAUACGAAUUUAAAAUUUGUAUAGGUAUUGAAAUGUUAGUAAAGCAUAUACAAUAUAAUUCUUUCAUCUUUAUUUAUUGUAUAGAGAGUAUAUUUUUUAUAUUAUCAACAUAAACUUGCUAAAAAAACAAUUAUUUUUGAUUAUGUUGGUCAGUCAAAGGUCACUUUCGUACAGAAAUUGCAUUUGUAGAAUCCAUUGCAUGUUACCACGCAUAAAGUAUUAAAGAUUAUUAUUAUAAUAAAAAAAUAUUAAUAUCAAAGAGUAUUAUAAUCUUUUUUUAUAGACAUAGAUGUACAUAUGUUCAGAAUAGUUACAAUAGAAAAUAUUUAAUGUCACAAUAUUUAUUAAAAAAUUCCUUUCCGCACGUUAAAUUACAUUUUUAUCGUAACAAAUAAAAACAAAUUGAAAAUAAAAAGUAUAUUAUGUCCCUUUCAAAUAAAGAGUUUUAAAAAUAAAAAUUCUCUUGGCAUUUUAAGUCUUGUUAAAUGUAAUUUCAUAUUAAUUAAUGAAUAUAUUUAGGCACCUGAAAAUUGAUUUUUCGAUUGACGUUGGUGUAAAUUAAAAUAGAUACAUAUUUUAAUUUCGAAAUUAAAAAUAUAAAUAAAAAAAUAUGUAAAGUCUAUUUUUGAUUUUUUAUCGUUGAUUUAUUUUUUAUUUUAUUUUGAAUUGAAUUUCAAGUGCCUAAGUUAUGCGUCAUUUCCUCCUAGUUUGUCAAUGGGUAUCUUCGUAGAUACCUACUUAUAUUAUACAAUCUAGAGCCAAAAGGGACUCCAAUUACUUUAUGAAUUUAUUUAAUUCUGCAUAUUAUACAAAAUAUACACCUCAUUCUCUAAUAGUCGUAAAGAUUAUUAGGAGAGUACAAAUUAAUUUCUAUAAAUUUUCUGGAAUCCUGUCCAUAAUACAGUCCUAAAAAUAUAGUAUAACCAAAUAAAACUUGUCCAUUUAGAUAACUAUUUAUAUCUACAUAUUCACUUGUGUAUCUUUAUUAUGCGGGAAAUUUGAGAAAAGUAUUGUCAAAUUAAAUUUUAGGUGUACGACACCUGUAACGUGAUAUAAAGGCUUGUCAACGCGUUUAGUCAUCACUUUUUAGAAAGUAUAAAAAUUUUAUGCGACUAAACAUUAUAGUUAAUACCACUUCAUUGAGUCUUUACGCGCGCAGUACAGGGGUAUGACGAAAUAUGACGACAAAUGGGAGUUAGAGAGGUACGGGCAACUCGCUCACCUGUCAGUGUUGCCAACCGCCACAAUCUCUUCCCCUGCAGUCUUACCCCUUCCCAACCCACCUCGCGGGGUGAAAACGGAAGGGGUUGAGAGAGUGGGUGGAGGGGCAAAACGCGCGCUUUUCAAACAAUGAUUAAAAUGCGCCAACCAUCCGUUCCUUUCUUCUUAAGUCUUUGACGGCCUUCGUGGCGCAGUGAAAUACUCGGUGGAAUUACCUGAGUUCGAUCCUUGGAUGGGCCGAUUGAGGUUUUCUUAAUUGGUCCAGGUCUGGCUUGUGAGAGGCUUCGGCCGUGGCUAGUUACCACCCUACCGACAAAGACGAUUUAGCGUUCCGGUACGAUGUCGUGAAGAAACCAAAAAGGGUGUGGAUUUUCAUCCUCCUACCAAGGGGCCCGCUUCCAUCUUAGAUUGCAUUAUCACUUACCAUCAGGUGAGAUUGUAAUCAAGGGCUAACUUGUAAAGAAUAAAAAAAAAUGUUCCUACUGCGCCCGUAUAGACUCAGUUUUGUAGUUUUCCUAUAAUAAUAACCAAUUGUAGCAGGGUCAUUAUUGUCCUUUUCAUGUGUUACGUCUAAUUCGACAAUAAUCAGACGUCUAUACCGAUAUAUAUACCUCCAUUUGUCUCUAUACUAUUUACCCCAUGUUCUAAGAUCCUGGAGCCAAUACUAUGUAAUUGUAAUUACUUAUUCCAAAACUUUACCAGUGUUACCACAAACGACUUCCUGAUUUUACCAUAAAAAUGCUAAAUUAUAAAUUUUUAUGUUUUACUAAAGUAAGUGUACCAUUAAAAUAUCUUCUCUCAAUUUAUUUACCUUCUACUAUUUUUUUUUUCUUGAAUGUUACCAUUUAUUGACAAAAUACAUAUUGUAAUGAUUGUGCCUAUCAUUUAUCAUUUUAUUUUUAGACUUUUGUAUCCUAAGAUCUAACAGCAGGAUUGAGUAAAACCUUUGCAACAGUCAUUAUUUGAUCAAGCAAAGAUCAUCUAAUUUAUAACUGAAUAAUUAUCCAAUCCAAUCAUCGAUCUCCUAUUAAAAAGUGGAUGCACAGUCAGCGACCAAAAAACGUCCACACUCAAUGAGUGCCAAAUUCAACUUCUUGGAACUCAAUACAAGUAGUCACAUUUGCAAAUUCAACCUUAAACUUAAUACUUAAGGUUGAAUUUGCUCUGAAUUUGGGAUUUUAUUGAAUAUUGGACUAUAUAUAUAAAGACCUUGAGGUAUAAUUUUCUUUAACAAUAAUUCUAAAACUGUCAAAGCAAAAUUCGCCAAUUUUUAAGUGAAAUUUUGUACAUGAUUGUGCGUCUUUUUAUUAUAAGAGGUCAAUGAAUCCAAUUCAAUUUAAUAUUUUAUUUUAUUACAAUCGAUUUUUAAAUUAGAUGAUUUGUUAUACAGUUUUUUUUCAUAAAUGGCGAAAAUGGUAAAUAGCGUCCGUUGUCACGAAAUUCACAUGUUUGUUGUUCUAAUUAUUGUAACGGUAUUUUUUCAUAGAUAUACCCAGGUACAGUAUAAUACAGUUCUCGCGAUAAACUUCACAUCCCACUGAUUGUCUAUGGUUUUUAGUCCGCCAUAACUAUUUAGCAUUUUCGCCAUGUAAGAAAAAAAAACACUAUAUUUAUAUUUCUCUCAUUACUCUCAUUCCUAAGUAAUGUAAGAUGGUCAUUUCACAUUCACCCUAUCUUGAAUCGCUAUUUUUAAGCCAAAAAACUGUCAAUAUAUGACGCUACCGUAACUAUUAAAAUAUGCCAACAUUACUGUGUACUUGGCACUCUGUGCAAAAUGGUCUUCUAUUACGGCCAAAUAUUUGUAAUCCCACUUUUUAAAAGUUAUAAAAAAAAUAAAUAUAUAUAUUUAACUAAUAAAUUAAUUAGUGAAUACGAAUAAUGUUGACUUUGUAUCGUAUCGUUUACGUAGGCUUGUUGUUUCUACUAUUUGAUACGUGGGUAGAUAGACAAAUAAUUGACUUGUUAUUGGAUUUGGACUCUAAUAUCAAGGGCGUAAGGGUGAUUUUUGAACGUGGGUAUUUAAUGGUUCUCUAAACUAGGGUGUACGGUAAUUACUUUGAAUACUAAUUAUAUGCAAUACAUUGCUGAUAAUAUAAUUUGGUUUAUCUGUUUCAUUGGUCGUGUAAUAUACGAACGUAUUCUUGCGUUGAUUGAUUUAUUUUUAUAAGUAAACUGUACUACAUAUGUAUUAAUUUCUGGUUUCUUUUGUACAGUAUUACAUAGUGUAAUGCUUUUUACUUUUUAUAUGUUGAAUAUUCUUUAAACGUCGCAUAACUUACUAAUACGUCUUAAAUAAAUAUACCAUGCAGGUAGGAGGUGAAAUUGGUCAUGACGACCAAACGCCAUUCGAAUAUUCUUUACAAAUAAAAUAUUAUAUUAAAAUUGAUAAUAUUAGGAACUCACUUUUCAUAAAGAAAAUAAAACUCUCUCAGUUAUGACUUUUUCUUCUCAUUAACCGACUUCCAAAAAGGAGGAGGUUCUACGUUCGGCUGUAUGUAUGUUUUUUUAAAGCUGUGUACAAAAUGUAUACGUACAUAAAAAUGGUAUCUGAUCAUUCUGUCCAAUGCAAAUUAUUAUAUUAUUAAAAAAAAAAUAUUGUUGAAUCUCCCAAUAAUCUUACUUAUAUAUUAUAAGCUUCAUUUGAUUAUUAUCAAGUUUAUUUUAAGAUCGAGUGGGUGCAAAUAAAAUAUUGAAAAUUCAAUAUAAGUUUAAAUAUGUUAAGUUCAGUCAAUAUAAUAUAUGCUUAGCUCUUCUGUAAUCUGUUAUGGGCAGUUUUUCCGCGCAAGAAGGACUUAAAAACUUGCUGAAGUUAAAUUAAAAAAAAAACUAAUUUCUGGUGUUUUUUAUACAGUCGUAUGUUUACAUUGAAUAUUCGCCACCUUAUUGCGUUUCGAUCUAUCAGUAUAAUUUAACAAAGAUGUACGAGAUAGCGAAAAAAAAUUUUAUGCAUCUCCAAAUAAGAAAUUUUCUCUAAAAUUCAAGUUUCAAAGCAAAAUUCAAGUUAGUAAGCCCAACGUUCUUACUUAUUUCAACGUUUACUUUGCACCUGACUCGACCGAAUAUUUAAAAUAAUUCAAUGUUUGUGCUAAUUCUAAAAUUAAUUAGAGUAAUGCAUUAAACUGGAAGGAAUUGAUUGGUCGUUUCGUCGUUGGAUUUUGAACUUUACUGUGACGUGAAUAACUUUUAAUAUUGUAUGCGAGGAUGAGAGACUGGUUGCAUAUUUUCGUAUACGUAUUUCAAGCGAAAUGCGUUUUAUAUCUCGAAAGAUAUUGAGAUUGUUUUGAUAGGCGUGCCUUUUAAAUAUAAACUGAGAUUACUUAUAUCUUAGAAUUGUUUAUAAUUUAUCUAUUUUUCUAACCUCGGUAACCUUUGGUUACAAUAUAAGGUUAAGAACUUAAAAUUUAAACUAAGAAAUUAAAACUUCUCUUUAAGUGAAAAUAACAUGAAUAGUUUACAAAACUAAAAAACACGCUUGAUACCCAUAUCAUGGAGGUGGAUUUCAUACAGCUAGUUCGCCAUCUUGGGGAGGCCGUCAUAUUGGAUUUGUAAUGACGUGUUUCUUAGCUAGUCAUGUAGUGAUCAGAACUCAGAGCGUGUGCAAAAUUUGGGUCAAAUUACGAUUCCAAGAUUUUCAUUUCAUUGAGUAUUAUGUUAAAAAAACGCAGUUACGAUCUUGUUCUCUGGAUACAAUAAAUAUCCAUUAAAAUGAUGUUACAAAAUAUUUUUUUUUGUAUAACUCAGUGCAAUAGAAAUGUAAAAUUUUAGCAUUUUGACUUCUUGAUACCUCCAACCUUUCGCGAAGUAGGUAAGGUUUGUUUGUUUUUUUUUUAAAUUUUUGUUGAUAAUAAUUGAAUCUCGAUCUGUAUAAUGGCUUUGCUGUUCCAGUUAAUAUUUAAAAGGCACAUAUAAAUAAUGUGUGGAAUAAAUCUUUGAAAUGCUUUUGUAAAUUUCGCUUGAAGCCAAAGAUGUGUUUUUGUGUUCACUUAAUAUUCCACGAACUUUUGUGUGUUGUGUAUUAUUUGUAUAUUAUUUGCGCCUCGAUACGCAAAUUUCCAAUAAUAAUAUCAUAAAGAGGCGCUUAUUAUUUGUAACGUUUUUGGACCGUGUUACAUUGUUCUAUAACGGACUUAUUUAUAAAGAUGAACUAGGUUUUAAACCUCAAAUUUAUUGAAAGUAAAGUGAACUUUAAACAGUGGUUAUUAGGUCCACUUUACCUUGAAGAAAAUUGAGGUUUAAAUCUUGAUACAUGUUUAUGAAUAAGGGAGUGAAGAUUUAUUGUACUAAUACUUGGUGGAACAAGCAGAUUGCCGAUUUGAUUUUAAGCUAUAAACAUCUAUCGUCUAUAAUCUGUAUUAAAGCAUAGCCAAGCAGACCAACAUGGCUUAUAAUGUUAUUCCAUUUCUCGUAGAGAAAUCCUUGACAAUUUCGCCACGGGGAGGCAUAAUGGUUAUGACUACUAUAUAAUACUUUCCUAGACGACCUAUGUCACAAAUAUUUAUGGAAUAAUUGGGGCAAUUGUCUUUUUAACCGAUUUCAAAAAAGAUCUUAUUCAAAGAUCAGAUUAAUUAAGAUCUAAAAUAUUAGAACUUAAUAUUCAUUCAUAAACAUUAUUUAUUUUGCAGUAAGGCUGAGUUUAGACAUGAGUAAUUCACGUUGCGGUCAUAGCACCAUGUGCCUAACUAACACAUUUUUUGAUAAUAAUAUGUGUUUUUUAUGUCCUUAUAAACAAUAUAAGUAACAAAAUGCUAUUUAUUUCACGAUAAAUAUAUACGUGAUCAGUAAAGUGCAACGUAAUUUUACAAAAAGAUCAAUAUUUAUUUUAUAUAAAUAUUGAUCUUUUUCUUCUUUAAGGUUUUUUUCAUCUUAUCACUAAUUUGCUUAUCAAUGCUAAAAAGAUAACUAUCGGUAAGCAGAUUACGGAUUUAUUACAUUUUUAAAAAAGUAUGAAUAAAGGUUGGGAUUGUCCGUUGUAAGCUGAAAAGUCAAAUUGGCAACUUUACAGAUUAUAGACAAACGUUUACUUAAAAUAGUAUAAUGUGACAUGGUCCUUUAAUUUAGAAGAUUUUUUUUCUGUAACAUAAACUAUGACUAACUUAUAUAAAAACUUGUAUGUAUAUUUUAGAGUUUGACUAAUAUAUAUCUUUUUAGUUGAUAAAACAAUUGUUAUAGUAGGUACUAAGCAAUAAAUAACGCAUCUGCGUGUCCCUGUAUGUUGUAAUAUAAUGUUGUUGAGAGUUGCUACAACUAAGUCACUUACAUUAGUUUUAUUUAAAUAAAAAAACAUGAAAAUGUAUUUAUUUAUUAAAUAUGAAUUAACAUUCAUGAGGGUU